UUUAAAUUCAUAGUCAAGUUUUAGGUUUGAAAUAAAUAUAAAUAAAUUAUUACAACAAAUUUUAGCUAUUAAAAAAAAAAGAAAGAUUAUCUAUUACAUGAUGAUUAAGUAUAUAACUGUAAAAGUUAUUUUGUUUUUAGUAAUCCAAUUAAAAGCAAAAGAGCUAUGUACAGAGAUAGAAGGGUGUCUAAGUUGCAUCAAUAAUGCUAAUAAUUAAAAUUAAUGCACUUAGUGUGAUUUGGAUUACCAGUUAGAUUCAAAAUAAAAUGUAUGCAUUUACAUUAAAUGUAAUAACUAUUAAUUUUAUGACAAGAAUUAACAUGAUGGCACUUAAGAGAGCGGCUGUGUAGCCAUCUGUGAUUCUUCUACCUAGCAAGAUGAUAAGACAAACUUGUGCAAAACCUAAUUAAGAUGUAACACUUAAAGACCUUCAUAGCAAAUUUUGCAAGAAACCAUCAUCACAAAAGACUUUUUUAUAUAUCAAUCUGAUUAUUAUGUUGCCUAAAAAGAAGGAUCUCUCUUUAUUUAUAAUAGAACUGAUGUUUCUCUCAUAAAAAGCAUGUAAUUCUAAACCAAUGAUCUUCUCUUAUUUCACAUAAACGAUAUAAUUUUCAUAAAAGGAGCUGAUUAUUAUUUAUUUAUAUGGGAUAUUAAGAAUGACUCAAGAAAAUCAAUACAAUACAAAGAUAUGA